CGACAGCUAAUGUCGCUCCACCGGAGCCCGCCACUGCGAAGAGCUUCUUCCACUGUGCGGGAAUGGCUUCUGCGUACAGAGAUCGGACGGCGGAGUUCCGAUCACUCACCGAGACGCUGAAGAAGAUCGGAGGGUUCAGGCCCGACGUAGCUCAAUCCCAGGAAACUGAUCCAUUCCUGCCUUCAAAGCAGCAGGCUUCCUCGGUCUCGGACAGAUCCGAAUUCAACAAGAAGGCUUCCCUGAUCGGACUGGGAGUUCAUGAGACCUCACAGAAGAUCGCUAGGCUCGCCAAAUUGGCAAAGAGGUCGUCUAUGUUUGAUGACCCUACAGUUGAGAUUCAAGAACUGACAGGCCUUAUAAAGAACGACAUUACGGCUUUGAACACGGCUCUUACGGAUCUUCAAACCCUUCAGAGGAUGGAAAUAGCUGAUGGGAACUACUCCGAGGAUAGGGUUGUCCAUUCCACAGCUGUUUGUGAUGACCUGAAGAACAAGCUCAUGGGGGCUACUAAAGAGCUUCAUAAUGUGUUAACCACUAGAACUGAGAAUAUCAAAGCUCAUGAGAACAGGAAGCAGAUAUUUUCUGCAAAUGCUUCAAGAGAAAACCCGUUUGUUCGUCAAACAAAACCCUUGGUUGAACCACCUCCUUGGUCAAGUUCAACAAAUGAAUUUGACCCUUCGCAGCCAUCCUCAUUGCCACCGAAUGGUGUUCAAGCUGGCAACCAAUUGAGGCGGAGGCCAGCUGUUGAUAAUGCUCCUUCCCAACAAAUGGAAAUGUCCAUGUUACAGCAAGUAGCCCCUAGUAGGCAGGAGAAUUUAGCUCAAAGUCGUGCAUCUGCUCUCCACAAUGUGGAAUCAACCAUCUCAGAACUUAGUGGGAUCUUUACACAUUUGGCUACCAUGGUUGCCCAUCAAGGAGAGCUGGCUAUUCGAAUUGAUGACAACAUGGAUGAAUCACUGUCCAAUGUCGAAGGUGCUCACAGUUCUCUUCUGCGACAUCUUAACCAAUUAUCAUCCAAUAGGUGGCUUCUGAUCAAGAUCUUUGCCAUCGUAAUUUUUUUUCUGAUGAUUUUCAUCUUCUUUGUGGCUUGAGAAGACGAAGAGAUGCCCUUAUUUUUUGUGUUGUACCUUUUAACCAUAAUUUAGUUUGCUGUGCUCAAGGGUCCUCUCUGUUGUAUAUUUUAUUUGUCUUUUCUUUGGUUGGAUCCCCCUAGCAUUUAGAGGCUGGAUUGGCACAAGCAUAUAUGUAGAUCAGGCAUUGUGUAUCAGUUCACUUUACCAAUAACCUUGAUUUGUUUUGGAAGAUUCGUGUGAAAUUGGAAUCAUUUAUUUGCAGAACCCUUUGGCACAAGCUUUCCUGUCUCAACCUAAUUUCUGCUUUUUAGUGGCAGUGAACUUCUCCCUAGGAGCAGCAGCACACACCACUGAUGUUCCUAAUUUUUGUACAGAAACACAUGAAAUAGUGUUUGGAUUUUGCCCUUUGCACGCAAUUUUGAAUUGAUGAAGAAGCAACCAAUUCCUCAAUUUCUCUGGAACCUGAUUGAUUGAUUUGGCAUACUGGUGGGACUGAGAAUCCACUACUAUGUUGUUAGCUGUGCUGCAGAAUAUUCCGAUCCUUUCCUUCUUUUUCAUCCCCGUCUUCAGAACUCGGGAAGGAAAUCUGUCAUAGUGUGCAGCUGAUUUUCUUGUGUUUGCCACAAUAUGCUACUUAGUGCUGAAACUACUUGAGAAUACAAAAGAAAGUAUAGGUUUUGGGGUUCUUGGCAGGCAGGCCAAGUGAUCUUGCCACCCUGCUGUCUCUUCCCUCAAACUAAAGGUCGUUAUCAGCUUCAGAUCUGUUGGAUCUUUGAUAGCAACUAAUUGAAACUUGAAAAUGGAGGAUUUAUGAGUCACCCACAUCUUAUUUCUUUGCAAUCAAUCAAGGGUUAGUCUCAUACAGAGAGAAUAAUGGGUAAAGAUUGGAUCUUUUUCUAUUUGGUUGAGAGGAUUUUGAGACUGGGUUGUCUAGCUGCUACCCUACCAGUACCAGGAGAUAGGGUUGGAUAGAAAAAAAGGUUAUGUUUGGUCUGUGCUAUUGAUACAAGGAAAAGGAAAGGCACUUUGUAACAUCUAUGGUAUCUUUUCCCUCUCCUUUCCUUUUGCAGCAUUCUCUCAGCAAAGUUCUUCUCAUUAUUGCAAUCAAGAUAAGGCCAUUCCCACGUUUGCUUGAAGAAUCUUCAUUACUGCAAUUUUGUUGAAUUGGUUAAAAGUAGCCUUUUUGAGGGGCAAGAAGCUUUCCUUUCCUCUCUAAACUCAAAUCACACAACAAAGCAUCUCUCUUCAACUUCUAACAUUCCCUCUGCAUUCAUUUUUGGCCAUACUUAAUCACUGUCAGGGGAGUUUAUACUUUCUGCGUUGGGGAAAGUUCAGUUUGUGAGAGCUUUGAUAAGGGAGCAAUGAAAACUAAACAUUAGCUAUCCUGUGAUAAUCAGUCUUAAAAAAAAUACAAUCUUAAUAUUAAACUAGAAAAAAAAAUCAUACAACGAAAUAAAAUCUUCGAAUCAUUAACUAAUCACCCUCCUCUUUAAUUGGAGACAAAGAUCUAAUAACUCUAAUUUUUCCUGGGAUAAUCUUCAUUGUUCACGUUUUUAUUUUAAUUUAGGUCACAUUUCUUUAACAUCAAAUUGGAUUCGUAUUAUCGUAACAACGAUCUGAAUAAGAAUUUAAAUGGACU